AUUGCAAAAUAACGCCCCUGAAUUUCAAAUGGGUAACGGUUGUUUCAUAACAUUGCAAUCAUUACAACAAACCUAUAAAAGAGCGCGUUCUUAAACUCUACAAAUUAGUAAGCGAUUUGAAAGACCCUGAUUUUUAUAAAAUGUCACCACCAAGCAAACGAAAUAUCGGUUUAACUGGAUCUUGUACUAACCCGAACGGGUGCAUAUCGAACGAAAAGCGUAGCGAUUUAUUCCUAUAUGUUCGUUGGCUUUUGUUUUUUUCUGCGAUACGUCCAAUACCAUUUGAUAAACAUCUACCCCGACGUAUGCAUGGACACAGUGUGCUCGUCAAUGUGAUCUGGGAAAUAUUUCUCUACUUAGUGGUACUUCAUAUAUUGGUGCUCUUCAUCAUUACCAUUUAUCUCAAUUAUGACAAUGGUGAUUUAGAGUUUCUAAUAAGUUGUGGCAUACAAGUGUUGAUAUACUUAUGGGCUAUUCUGAUAAAGGUGACAUUUCGACGUAUAUACCCCGAGCUCGUCAAUGGAAUUGUGGAUUUUGUAAAUGAAGAAUACGUACAGCAUUCGGCAUUAGGUUUCACUUAUGUCACCAUGAAAGAGUGUGUGGAUCGAGUCAAUGGAGGAAUACGAAUAUUCGUUCCCUGCUGUUUCUCGGCUGUAAUAUAUCGGUUCAUUCUACCGAUUAUCUACAACGACCGCUCGCUACCGCUGCCCUGCUGGUACCCUGUGAACUAUAAGGCGCCGUUUAUUUUUCAAAUCCUUUACUUUUUCCAAAUCUUAGCCCAACUGCAAAUGUCGGCCGCAUUUACAGUCAGCAGCGUCUAUUUUAUAUCACUUUGUUUCUUACUCUCCGGACAAUUCGAUGUGCUUAAUUGCAGUUUAAAGAAUAUAGUGGCAACGACCUACAUCUAUAUGGGCGCAAGCAAACAUGAAUUAAUAGAAUUACGAGAUAAUGAACGUAUACCAGGCGAGGAGAUCAAUGAGUUUUUUGUGGCGAAAGAAUUGCCCUUCGAUCUUGAUUGCUUACCUCAUAUACUAAAUCCAGCUGAUACUGCGAGGACUCGUAGUUUUCGUGAAGCCUUCAAUUACGCUUUAGGGUCCUGUGUGAAACAACAUAAUUUCAUAUUGAAUGCACUGCUUAAACUGGAGAGACUAUAUAACUUACUUUGGUUGUUCAAGACGCUUGAUGUCACGCUCUCGAUUUGCAUGGGCACUUUCGAUGUGGUCAAAUCCUCGGAUGAAAAAUCUUUUCUGCAAUUGCUAUCGCUGGGUCAGUACUUGUUUUUAGGACUUUGGGAAAUAUUCAUGAUUUGCUAUGCCGGGGAGAUAAUCUAUGUGAAUAGCCAACGCUGUGACGAAGCUCUAUUGCGCAGCCCCUGGCACUUGCAUCUUCGAGAGGUACGCGCCGAUUUUCUGUUGUUUUUGAUGAAUGCUCAACGCGCGUUCAAAUUGACUGGUGGUAAAUUUUAUCCGUUGGCAUUGGAGAAGUUUCGUGGGAUUGUCUCAACAUCAUUUUCCUUUUAUACUUUGCUGCAGAAUCUGGAUGAGCGGAACUGA